AUGUCUAUGCAAGAUCACGGAAAGAACGACCCAACAGUAGGAGAGAAAGAUAGACUUAAGAUGGACCAGAAAAAAGACGUAUUAACCGUACAGGAAAGAGUAAAACUCCUAGAGGACCAGAUAAAACAGAAGAAUGAGGAGUAUUUGAAGCUUACAGACAUUGUGGAGAAAUUAAAAAUAAUAAACACACUUCUGUACAAGGAGGUAUGCAAGGAGUAUAACACGCUAAGUGUUCCUGCAGAAGAAGAAUAA